UUUAUUCAAUUGUAUAUGCAGUGGAUGGUAAAUGAGAGUGAACUCUGCGUUAUUCACUAUACACUUGGCCCCCUUAAGCCUUGGGACUGGUGGACAUCUUGGCUGUUGAAACCUGUUGAUGUCUGGCAGAAUGUUAGGGAACAGCUUGAGGAAUCCCUUCCUGGAACUGGAGGGGGCGGAAAUCCUAAUGAUGACCUUCUUGUCAAAUUUCUUUUUCUACUACCGCCUUUGGCUUUACUCUUUUGUUAUUAUCAGUCUUUUCUUCAGACACGGGAGUACUUUGGUUCAUUUUGUAGAAGUUCAUUGUGCAAUAGCAUCAGACAUAUGUACUACAAAAUUAGAUAUGGUGGAUCACUUAGUUAUAGUGGUGUUUCUACAUCAUCGACCAUCAGUUCCAACCAUCAGUUCUCUAAUGGUGCGAACACCAAGGUGCCUAUUUAUUUGGGUGGAAUAUCUGUCUGUGUCUGUUUUGUGGCGGCUGCGGUGUCGCUUGCACUUGCUCUAGCAAUUGUGCCUCAUCAAGUGAUGCCAUGGACUGGUUUGCUCUUGAUGUAUGAAUGGACAUUUACAUUGUUCAUUCUUCUAUUUGGAGGUUAUCUAUAUUUGGUUUCCAUAUGGGGGAAGACAAAAGCUGCGGUGGGAUCCUUCUCCUCUGAUCCUGAAUCUCUUGAUUAUGAUUCUGGAAAAGGUCAUCACCGGCAAGGAUUGCCCUGUGAUGUUGCGACGUGGCAUUAUGGGUUAGUGAUGGCCUUUUUGGCUGUUGCGGGCCCAUCUUUACCGUGUCUUUUUGGGAUCACUGCUCUUUUUGCUAGGUUAGCUUUGAUGGGUGUGGGAGGAUUGGUUUUGGCAUCUUUCAUGACUUACUCUUCAGAGCAUCUUGCAAUUAGAGCUUUCUUGAAAGGCUUGGAAGACAGAGGCAAUACACGAAGUAGGAGCUUAUGUUUCUUAUGUUGAUCAGUGACACUUUCAAAAGAUGUAAACUAUUGCCAAUGUCCGUCACUUCUAAUUGUAAUUUAUUUGGCAUAUGGUGGCCCUAUGCUUGAUUUGUAAAAUUGUAGCGAAAUUUUUCAAUUUAGAAAUGUAUUUUUCCCUGAGGUUUUUUUAGUAUUCUUUUUGAAAUUGAUCAAAGUUUUAAAUGUUUGUUACACAACUAAAUUUUUUCAAUCAAUGAAGAUGGAGGUGUAUUAUAAUU